AUGUUAGCAGGAGCUUAUUCAAAUCGGUUCCGUUUUCUGCAAGAGCAGCAAAUUCAUAAAUUAAAGAUCUUAAAUGCAGCUGCUGGAGAUUCUGAACUGGAAAAUGACAUUCAUCCAGGCAACAAAAUUGGCAAGUCACGUCAGUUGUCAUUGGAGACAAAUAAAAGACGCAAAGUGCAAGAAAUGCGCCGGAAAAUGGUUGCCAUGAAGGAGGAGAAACGUCAGCAGGAAAUUUUAUUGCAGAGACGACAGUUGCAGCAGGAAGCAACUGAACGGUUCCAGCGAGCACCACUACGGAACAAAAACAAGACAAAAGGGACCAGCUUGGAAGACAUUCUAUGCAUCAUUCGAGGGGGAACAAACUUGGUUAACACAGUAACACUAACAAAGCAACGUUCCAGCUCGGCCCGAGUGUUUUCAAAAGACAGGGACAAAAGAGCCAACAGUCCAUUGCAUAGUGGGAAUAAAUUACUGACCAAUCGACCCUCUUCCCAACCAGGCCAUGCAGUUGCAAAUGCUCAUCUUCAUGACCAAAGUCUUAGAAACUUGACAAAUAGUCGUAACCUGUUUGAGCAGCAUCUGAGACGAAAAUUACAGCAGCAAGAGAAGACAAAGGAAUGUGAGCAAAUAACUGUAGCUCUAAAGGAAGAGGACACUGACUCAGAGGAUGAUUUGUAUAGUGUUGACAGUGUGGAGGAUACAAAACAAGAUCAAGUAGUAGCAGAAGAGAAUCAUUUCAUUGUAUCAACAGAAGGAAACAGACAGAAACAAAAUCAAACAAAAUAUUCCAAUUAUGCCCAGGAUUUUGACUUUAAGGCAAACUGCAAACAAAUUAGUGGCCACUCAAGUCUUGCUCAAAGAGAAAACACCAGUAGCCAAGAACAGCAUCAUCCAAUUAGACAGGUAAACAAUAUCCAACAACAACAACAGCAAAAUCCUUCUCAACAAAAGAAUCCUGCCAUCAUAACCCUGGCCAUUGAAAAUGGUUCCUGUCGAGGGUUGAAUAUAACACAAGCACGUGACCUCCGUGAUAGCUUGGAAAUCACGCGACAGCAAUUUAAUAAUGCUGGAAGGGAGAUAACUGAAGCAAACACACAAUCAAAGCCCACCAAAAAACAUGUCCAUUUUGCAGCUGAGGACCAAUUCUAUGAACUUGAUGAUGUACUUAUUACAGACCAUACAGAGUUAAAAUAUGAACCAACAUCAAAUGGAGCUGAAGAGACAGUUGAAAAUUCCUCUUCUGAUAAUAACAGUAACAAUCACGACCCUCUGCAGCAACAUAAUGGAAAUGGGCAUCAGAAAACAAACAGCAAUAACAAGGAAUCUGAUAACAAAGAGCCUUUCUGCAAUAAACCCUCACAAAAGCCGCAAGUAAACUGUGUACAGCCGAGCGGGAGACCACAAGCAAAAGCUCACAUCAUCAAACAAACUUCACAGGUAGCAGCAGCAGAUCCAUCACCUCCUAAUAGCACUUGGAUAGACAAGAAAAACAUCAAUGAAAAACCCUUAAGCAAAAACAAUGUUCAGUAUAUUAACAUGGGGACACUUAAAAAGUUGGUGGCACCAAAUAACCAAGGCCUGCCAAAUCCAAAGAAUUCUUAUUUGCAGAAGGAGAUAGAAACAGCGAUAACAAAGGAACAGGCACCAUUUACUAAGUUUGGUUUCUCUGUUGAUAAGACACCAACUGAUGAGGAAAUUAACUGGCUUUGGGAUAAGGUCCAGCUAUGUCUGCAGCAGAAAUCUACUUCGAAACCUGUAGCACAGACUGUAAACCGAACAAAGCCAAUAGUAUCCCAUAUGUAUUUUGAUGGUGGCAUCCUGGGUAAUAAAAGCAAUAUAUUGUGUGUUGGCAAAACAAGUUCUUCUUUAUGGUACCCUCCUCCUUGCAAUGGAGGGCUUACACUGGAUGGGAAGCCAAGUGCCAAUUCUACCAAGAGAUUUUCUCUUCUCCACCAAAGACAAAAUCCGUCUGCACCUCGAGUGCCAAUGAUAGCUACUCCAGAAAAAGUUCCUUCAUUCCUAUUAGAAUCGGACAUUCCUCCCAGUUCAGAGAACAGAUUUCCUGCUACAUCUUCAAAAGAAGUGACAAGUAGUCUGGCUGGUUUUUUAAAAGCUGAGGAGUUAUCUCAAAUAACCAAUGUUACUGAAAGUCAAGCACUUGUGGCUAUGAGGGAAGCUGAAGUAGGAAUACCACACCAUGGUGGUGUCCUUCCCAAGUACAAAGGCCCUUCCAUUUUAUCUUUGGAAGAAAAACGCUUAAUGGAAUCUCUGGAAAGAAUCAAUAACAAAUUAAAAGGUUGCACUCCUGAUUACAACCCAACUGCAUUGAAUGGUGUCUCAAGACAUCUCUUCCUAACGGACCAGCUGCAAGGAAUGAAAAUGCCACUGAUGAAGUAUCAGGUUUCUCAGCCAAGUCCACCACAUCAGACCACACCAAGGGGCUGGUUAAAGGGACCCGAGUUCUAA